CCGGCUUUGGGAACCAGAGACAUAACCCAACCAGAGGCCGGAAGUACUCGGAAGUCACGUGAUGCACAGGACCGGCGAGUGAUUGGCUUGGCUGGAUGUGAAUGAUGCGGCUGUGAUUGCUGAAUUGUCUGGGCAGGGUUUGGAGUCUGAUUAGCUCCCUGACCUGUGUGUCCCUCUGGAGAGGAAAAGGAAGGGAAGGCUGCUUUCUCUCGGAUCCAGUGGUCGCAUUCCCACCAGGAGCCCUGAAUAUCCACCUCAGCCGUCGUCACCAUGGAGGUCUGAAGUCCAUGUGGUUCCUCACAGUGAACCAGGUGUUAAGGAAGAUGCAGAGGCGGCACAGCAGCAACACAGACACCAUCCCACCGGAAAGAAGCCGCAGCCAGGCGCUCAGCCCCGAGGCCAGCGUGGAUGAGGGCGGCGUGUUCGAGAGCCUGAAGGCCGAGCCGGCCUCGCCGCCCGCGCUCUUCUCGGGCCUGGCCAGCGGCCUCCCCGCCAGCCUGGUGCUCGGGCCCGCGGCCGGCGGCGGCGACGUCUUCAUCCAGAUGCCCGCGUCCAGGGAGGAAGGCGGCAGCCGGGGCGGCGAGGGGGGCACCUACCACCACCGCCCGCCGCACCACCACUUCCACCACGGCGGCCACCGCAGCGGCUCCCUGCUGCAGCACGUGGGGGGCGACCACCGCGGGCACCCAGAGGAAGGUGGCGAUGAGCAGCCCGGGACGCCCGCCCCUGCCCUGUCCGAGCUGAAGGCGGUGAUCUGCUGGCUGCAGAAAGGGCUGCCCUUCAUCCUGAUCCUCCUGGCCAAGGUGUGCUUCCAGCAUAAGCUAGGCAUCGCCGUGUGCAUCGGGAUGGCCAGCACCUUCGCCUACGCCAACUCCACGCUGCGGGAACAGGUCUCUCUGAAGGAGAAGAGGUCAGUGCUGGUCAUCCUGUGGAUCUUGGCCUUCCUGGCAGGGAACACCCUGUGUGUGCUGUACACAUUCAGCUCCCAGCAACUGUACAACAGCCUCAUCUUCCUAAAGCCCAACCUGGAGACGCUGGACUUCUUCGACCUGCUGUGGAUCGUGGGAAUCGCAGACUUUGUGCUGAAGUACAUCACCAUCGCCCUCAAGUGCCUCAUCGUGGCCCUGCCCAAGAUCAUCCUGGCGGUCAAGUCCAAGGGUCUCACCAGAACAACUACAGAGGAGGAAGAGCUUAUUGGAGGCUCACGGUUUCAGAGGUCUCAGUCCAGAGAAGGCCGGCUCCAUUUCUCCAGCCUAGAGCUGAAGCUGAACAUCAUGGCGGAGCUUGUGGCAGAGGACAGGGCUCCCACCAUGGUGAUCAGGAAGCAGAGAGAGGUCUCCACUGGCCAGGUACAAAUAUAGACCCCCAAAGCCACGCCCCAAUCCCCGCCUCCUCCAGCCACACCCACCUCUUCAGUGACACUCACUUAAUCCCUGAGGAAAGGCUGAUUGGGUCUAGAGUCUUACAACCCAGUUAUUUCUCCCCUGAACCUUCCUGCAUGGUCUUACAUGUGACCUUCUGGGGGACACCUCACAUCCAAACCAUAACACCCUCCUUGUUCCAUUUGUCCCUGGUCGGUCACCUGUAUAAAUCUGAGAUUUUUCAUUUCUAGAUUACUUUGUAAUAUUUUUAAGUUAUACAAACGUGCUGAAAAGAAUAUGUAAUAGAUCUCUGUAUCUAUAACUCUUGCUGUUCUUACCCACAUUCCUCUUUUAAAGAGCUUAAACCCCACCCAACUGGCCUCACUGUAUUAAUUGUUAAUUAAUACAGUUAAUACCCCCUGUAUAAUUGUUUCCCUUCAGUAUUAAUUAGGGUAAACCACAUACUGUUGCCAAAGAACAUCAGAGUCUCAAUGGCAGAAGCCAGUGCUUUACUGCCUUGUCACCAUUGUCUAGUGCAGGUCAGCUAAGAUGCUCCGCCUGCUCUAUGCAGUCAUUUAGGGAUCCAGGAUUCCCCUAGGGAGUGAAACCACCAUCCCCUAGGACUCCCCUGGGACCCUGUUUUUCAAAUUUAAAUGUUCAUAAAAAUCAUCUGGUGAGCUGUUCACACUGAUUCCUGGGCUUCCCUCUGCAAUUCUGAUUUCUAACAAACUCCCUGGUGAUGCUGAUAUAACUGGCCCAUGGGCCACACUUUGAGUCGAAAGGGGCAUAGGAAAUUUCACACCAAGGAGGGCAAUAAGGAAGGGGAACUCGGAGGAGUGCGUGGAAAGUUUUAGGCACCAGGAAGUAAGGCAGAUCCACUGCACCCUCAUUCUCCUGUUGCCCAGGACUCAGGAGGCCCCACCUAACAGCACGGGAAUCUGGGAGACUCUUAUCCUCCUGAGGCCUGGGGAAACUCCUUGGGAUUUGAGGAACUUAGUGGCAGUAUCUCUGCCACAUCCUCUGAAAUGUACUUAUUCUCUCUCCCACCCUAGAGGUAACCACUUUAGUUUAUUUGCUACACAUGUAUAUCCAUAAACAAGAUACAGUAUGUUUUCAGACAUAACAGAUUAACACCAGUGAUACUGUGUGCACAUCAUUUUGCAACAUUACAUUGUAUUUUCGAAGUUUGUGUUCAUCUGCACCACUCCAAGUGUGCCCCCUGGACUGGCGAUCUCAGCAUCAUCGGGCAACUUGUUAGAAAUGCACAGACUCUGCCCCAGAUGACCUGAGUCAGCGAGUCAAGGGCUGAGGCCUGGCCCUGGGCUUUAACAAACACUCUGGGUGAUCUGAUGCAUAUAGUGAUCAUUACCCACAUGGGUAGCUCUAAGUCUCCACUUAUUCUUUUUUUAAGUGUCAUAUUUCCCAAGGUGUAGCCAUCCAGUCCCUUAGUUCCUACUACGAGCUGUUAGACUCUUUCUUUAAUGUUUUACUAUUUAUUAUGAACAGUACAAUAAGGAACAUCUCUGCACACAUCUAGAAAUGGAACUGCUAGAUUUUAAGAUGGACUGCUUUCCGCUUUACCCAGAAUCCUCGGCCCUGGGGAGGCCCCUUGCUGUUUGAUGUGUGCUUGCCUGGCCCAGGCAGCCGACCUCCCUGGGAAUGCCCCUCACCUGCCUGCACCAGGCAGCUCCUCCAGAGAAGCGGAACCAGUAGAGCACAUGAACCUAAGAAGUUUAUUUCAAGGAGUUGGCUUGCGUGAUUGCAGGGCCAGCUGGGGUCUCAGGCAGGUGCUGCUGCUGCAGCCAGAAGCAGAAUUUUCUCUUCCAAGGAAAAAAAUCUCAGUCUUGCUCUUAAGGUUUUUCACUGGAUUAGAUGAGGCCCACCCAGAUGAUAGAGGACAAACUCUGUUACUUAAGGUACCUGACUAUAGAUGUUCACCACACCCACAAGACACCCUUCUGGCCAGACUUAGGUUAGCAUCGGGCCUGGCAAGCUGAAUUGGCUCAGAAACCUAACCCUCUCACUCCCCCAUCCAACCAGGUGCCGUCUUUGAGGUCAAGGCCAGUGUUUUACAAUGGCAAGAACAUAUCCAGUCCAGUUAUCAACAUCUUAAAAAUCUAAAGUGGUUGUUGAGUUAGAGCAAAAACCACUUGAUCUUCCUCCUCCUAGCUACUGCUAUGUGGCGCUGCAUUAGCAGAUUUCCCGUUAGCCUUUGUGUUCUGGAACGAACCUCCCUGAAGCAGGAUGUAUUUCCCUUUGACCAGGCUUCUGGAUUCUGCAUGCUUCUGUCCUAUUAAGAUUUUUGUGUUCGUCGGAAUGCGUGUUCCUCCAUCUCUGGAGGUGACGUCCCCAGAAUUGCUCUCAUUGCUUCCACUCAUUUCCUUGGCUACCGCUCAGUCACCCUAGCCACCUAGCAGACCAGACUGUCCUCUUGCAGCUGGUGCCAAUGGACCUAAGCAAAAGUCAGAAUUCUUACUUUGAAAGAGGAAGGGAAGAAGGGAUGUUAAGAGGCAUCAGUGGUCUCUGUCCCCAGAUGUUUGUUUAUCCCUCGUUUAUAGAUGAAAGACCUAGACUCAGCAAGGCAUGUUACCUUACCCAGCCAGGGUCACACAGCAAGUCUGUGUUGGAGCAAUGAAUUGAAAGGCCAGGUCUCCCAGAUGCCACAGGAGAUGCCCCCCGGAGCCUACAGCAAAAAUAGAAUAAUAAAUGUUAUGUGUAAUACAGAACGUAAUGACGGAUAGCUAAUGCGCCUAGCACUGUCCUGUCUCUAUUGACUUACUUCAUCCUCUUAGCGCCCUACAAGGUAGAUACUCAUAUUUACCACCAGUUUGCCAGAUGAAGAAACUGAGGCACAGAGAAGGUAGGUGACUUGCCAAAUUUAGUAAAUAAGUGGCAGGGCUGGGACUUGAAUUCUGACUUCUAGUUCCAGAACCCACAUUCUUUCUGGGGCAGGGGCAGGGCUUCAUGCAUGCUAGGAGAGUGCUCUACCACUGAGUGAUGUCCCCAGACCCUUUUUCUUUAUUUUUUUAAGUUUUGAGACAGGGUCUUGCUGAGUUGCUGAGGCUGGCCUCAAACUUGCAAUCCUCCUGCCUCAGCCUCCAGGGUUGCUGGGGUUACAGGCAUGGGCCCCUGUGCCCUGCCAGAAUGAACAUCCUUAACCACUGCCCAGCUGCUGCCUCUCCCCACCUGCAUGCUGCUGCCCAGCUGCCACAACUGCAGUGACAGCAGCGACUGCUCCACACCACAGGACACAUCAGAACCACGCCCUGCCAACCAGGCACCGCCCGCUCCAGCUUGGCCCCCUCUGACCCACAGCCUCCUCCUUCAGCCACCCAGCACCCCCUUCUCUGUGUCUGGGGACAACACAUUUUUUUGUUGUUCUUGUUUUGUUUUCUUUCCUUCACUCCGUUUCCUGGAAGACUCUCAAAGGCCACAUUCUACCGCCAAGGGACCCGGCAGGGACAGGGCCCCAUGGGCACCUGGGAUUUCCUGAACCCCAGCCUCCAUGGGUGUGUGGGAGGCCGUGUUCCUUAUUUAUUGAACUCGUCCUGCCCAGCUCCACACCCCCCAAGCUGUUGUUCCCCGCUGGGGAAGAUGAAAAACGGCCCCAGACAAUGGGAGACAAGGCACGCCACAUGGCCCCCGCAGUUUAAUUUCCUUUAAUUCAUUUUAUAUUGAACCAAAUGAUACUGUUUGUUUUUAAUGGCAAACACUCAGCGCGGAGGAGGGGCGGCCAGGCCUCCUCCGGGGGAAAUUAGGAACACAGCUGCUAUUGCGAAUCCACACUCCCCCUCCUGCCCCCCAACCUCCACCCCACUCCUGUCCCCAUCGCGGGGCCUCUGGAAAUCCAUUUCCAGGUUGAAAGAUGAUAACUUUUACCAGCUCAGAUGGUCGCUGUCCAGAGAAGGGCCUGGCUCCACCCCAGCUGCCGUCACCUCCAGGAACCUUCCCAUGUGGGCCCAAGACCCGCCUUCCCUGGGAGUGCCUGAGUACCUGGGAACGGGCGCUGUGGCUCCUUCUGGAGAAGCACUCAGCCCAGGCAGGACCCAUCCAGUGCCCUCUCCCAGGAAUGGGAGAGCACGAAGCUGGGUACCCUGAGAACCAAGCGCCUCCAUUCCUUCUGCUUGGGAAGCACACAGGCCAGGGCCCGAGUCUUGCUUCACCAGAAUCCACAUUUUAACUCCAUCCUCAGGGGACCAGGUGCUCAGAAAGUUGGGGAAGCAGAACGCAGAGGUGAUGCCACAGGAGAUGCCCCCCGGAGCCUACAGCAAAAAUAGAAUAAUAAAUGUUAUGUGUAAUACAGAACAUAAUGACGGAUAGCUAAUGCGCCUAGCACUGUCCUGUCUCUAUUGACUUGUUCUGCUCUGAGGAGUCUGGAAUUCCCUUCCUGUGGCCAAGAGGUGCAGUGCUUCUUUGAAGCCUCAAAUAAUCCAGAAUCUUCCAAAGGCCCCUUAUGCUGAAGUACGUGGGCGUCUGGUGCAGUUCUUAUGGGUAAAGGGAACUUGAAAGAGGAGCUGGCCCCAGGAAAGGCUGCUGCAGGCCUUGGCCCGCCUGUGGCUUUGGUGGAGGCCAAGCCCAGAUGAUGAACACCCAACUUGG